GAGGAGAUGCAAUGUGCAUUGAACUUGAAUUCAUCAAUGAUAGUAAUGUUUGCAAAGAGAUUCCCGAGGAGAUGUGAGGUGCGUCUGGAAUGAAUUCUUGCCCAUAAAAGGGAGCAUGGAAAGGGCAGGACACUUCUUUCAGUUCUUGGCACGAUAACUUGCGUAUAUGGCGCGGCUUGUCCUUUUGAGCUCAUGAGACGGGCAGGUCUUCUGAGCGCAGAAGAUGCGGCCAAGUUUGACGCUGUUAGGCGCGACCCGAGGGCAGCGAAUGUGCUUUUUGAAGCCCAUCGCCGCGAGGUUGAUCCAGAUUCCAGUCCCGCUGCGGAGCCCGAGCUCGUUGGUAUUCGCAAGCGCGAUGGAUUGCUUGAUUUGCCUCUUGGCGGAGGCCUUUUGAAUGGUGUGCUACAGCCUCUCACUGGUGCUCUUUCGGGCGUUGAUGUUCCCACCCCCCAGCCACAAGGCUUGGUCUUGAUUCCAGGCAACGACCCCAAUCAUCAAUUCCAGGCUCCUGGCCCUACGGAUGUCCGUGGCCUUUGCCCUACCUUGAAUACUCUGGCCAACCACGGUUAUAUCUCUCGUGAUGGAAUCACAUCCUUUGCCGAAGCCGCAGAUGCUGUGCAGACUGGCUACGGCUUUGCCUACGACUUAUCCGUCUUUCUCUCUGGCCUUGGUCUAAUUGCUGGUGGCGAUCUGGCGACGGGAAAGUACACUAUUGGCGGCGCCGAUUCUCGCGUUCCCAAUACACUUGGUCUUGCUCUGGGACUCGACAAGCAUGAGACUUUUGAGGUUGAUGGCAGCAUUACACGUGAAGAUACCUAUUUUGGGAAUAAUGCAAAUUUCCUGCUGCAGCGCUGGGAGGAGUACGUGAAUGUGAGCGAGGUCUAUGGCAAUUUCAAUAUGGAAAUGAACGCCAUUGAUAAUGUAAGAGCUCGAAAUCGCUACGACUACUCGCGCGAGACUACCCCAGAGUUCUUUGCUGGAGCGCUCUGGCUUGCCGUUUCGCAUGCCGAGCGAGUCUUUGUCUUUGAAGGUCUCUCUAAUGGCUCGACGCAAUCUAAUGGCAACUUUGCCAACGUUGCGCCCUUUUUUCUAAAUGAAACAUUCCCGCCCUUCUGGUUCCGCCGCCCUGAGCCCUUUAGUCUCGCAAGUGCUGUUGCUGAAGCAGUUGAAAUGUUCCUUUUGAAUCCACGCGAGCUUGGUGGCAAUGAAGGUGUUGGUAACUUUGUUCCACUCAGCGGACAAAACAAUAUCAGUGCCUUGAGCGCACCUGAGCUGGGCUGCUUCUUAAUAGAGAACAUAUUAGAACUUGUCCCUGGCCAGUUGGAGCCUGAAGGCACUGCGUUAGGAGAUGUGGUGUUGGGCUUUACUAAGGGUGUCAUUGCGCCAUUCUUUGUCAAUGACGGCUACUUCAACUGCGAUUUGAGCAGUUUUGCAGCGCCUGGCCAGAAUGCUGGUGUAGUUUCUGGAAACAAGGAUGACACUCCGAGUGUGAGCAGUUCCGGGUCUCCAGUGAACGGUGCGUAUCCCGGAAUUGGUGUUAUUGCACCAGAUUCAGAGCCUUCUUAGACCUACCGUGCUUUUGAGCAGUGGAAAGUGGAUAUCAAAUGGAUUGGCAUUGUCAAUCGGAAGGAUGGAUCUGUUACGCUUAGAGUUGAAUAUAUCGUGUCGUUAUUAAUGCUCGCCCU